CUUAGAUCAUCUUGUAACACUCGGAAAGUGAAGUUGGAUUGUUAAGAAGUUAAGUCUGGAAGAGGAAAAACGUAUUUUCCUGAGUGCAUCUACAGAGAAUACGAUUAGGAAACAUUAAAGACAAACUCGAAAUGGCGAUCAGUGAUGCAGAUGGAUCAAAAACGUCCAGCCAUGAUAAAGGGAAAAACCUGCAUGUCCAAGGUGAUCCGCAAAUGACGACAUCAAGGUAUUCUACAUGGCUCUCAAGACGUGAUCCGCAAAUGACGACAUCAAGGUAUUCUACAUGGCUCUCAAGACGAGAGAACUUAAUUGAUCGACUUGAUGCUGUGCUCUUUGACCAAGAGACGAGGCAGAGUCUUAGAGAAAUACGUGGCUUGUAUGGUGAUGAAAUUCUGUUGCGUAUAUACAGAGUAGUGGGUUAUCAUGAAGAUGAAGCUAGGAGACGAUUGGAAUUGAAUUCAUUGCCUGAGGAAUUGCGGAGGAGAUUAGUUUCAAACGGUGGUCAACCUGCUGGCCAAGGUGAAAUGUGUGGAGGAUACGCCGGUACUAUGUGUGGAGAAGGUCUAAGGUGUGAUCAUUCUAGAGAAACUGCUGGAAAGUGCGUGCGAAGUCCGUUUGCUGUGGUUUUUCAUGGCCAGCAGUUCUAGAGGCGUGUGUGAGUUGAAUGACACCACGGUACAAUGUUCAAUUUUAAAUAUUUUGUUCUUAUCAAUUCGGAACCCAACUCUCUGUUCACGGAUAAAAACAACAACAAAUAACUGUAUGAAUAAACCCUGUUGAAGGUGUGUUCAACUACCCUAAUGGAUAUGAAGUUUUGAUAUGUGGUCAUUUUCUUUUAUACUCAUUUUUUGUUUGAUUUGUUUUCAUUAUUUUCAUUAGAUCAGUUUUUAUCUUCGCAUCAUUCUUUUUUGUUUGUUAUUGUUAUUUGUUUUCUUUUCAAAAGGAAGCAAAUAUAACAUUAUUACGCCAAAGUAAGUUAAUAUCAGGCUGUCCGGUUAGUGUAUUGGUUAGUUCAUUCGUACGAAAAGAUCGCGACAAUAUUGCGGAAAAUCGUGCCAAUGAGAGUGAUCACAGAAGUUAAUAUACCAUUCUUUACAAACAAUAAUGAGUAAACUAAGUUUAUUGGCAUGUAUUGGUAACAAAAAUCAUGCAAGGUACUUUACGAACAUAAUUACCCUGUUCCAAAAAUCAAGAGUCGCAGUAAGGUUGAAGUACGACAACGACGACGUAACAUUGUUAUACCACCAACGACGAUGACAGCGAUAUUGAUUAUGUUUGUAGUUAUGAGCACUGUACUAACAUGUCACAAAUCUUGGCCUACGUUUAGUUUCCUUGUACUCAAUAUAUCACCACGCUUUCAUAUCGGUUAUAUCUUGACAGAGGACCUUCACAAUGUUAUCAAUCUCAAGAGGGGCAACUUUCAAAGGAAUCUGACCUACUAUUCGUUUACAAUAAAAUAGCUGCAUUAGGAAUAAAGAUAAAAAUGCUUCCAUGUUAACACAUAAAAUACUGGUAUCAUUGAAAGGUAAUGCCUACCUGAUCUUUUAUAUUUAUCACAAUAGUUAUUGCAAUUUGGAUAUUACUCUUUAUAUCAAUGAAACUCGGAAUUGAUGUGACAUGUAUCGAAAUAUUUCAAUCUUGGUCAAAACCAAUAAUUGUUUGUACAAUUACUGAAGGUAUUAUUAAUGUAUAUUAUGCUCCUGCAUAUAAAACGAUUUCGUAUAUACCAAUCAAUAAAAAUAUCGCCAGACAUAUUUGUUUACUCAUUUCUGGACGGUAACACUUCAUUUUAUCGAAUACAUCGAUCGAAUACAUAUGGUUAUUGUAGCUCGCCAAACACAUCAUCACAAGGCGUUUUUUAAUCGA